AUGUCUGACUUCCUCAAAGCAUGCAACGAGAUCUCAAGCGAAAUAAUCAAACUUUACAAGCAAGAAAAGAAGAUAGAUGUGAAUGGAAUUAAGUCCAGAGUAUGCAAAAAGUAUAAGCUUGGAAGUACCCCACGUGUGGUUGACAUAAUCUCAUUCAUCCCUCCAGAGUAUAGCCAUCUAAUUGAGCAACUUCGGGUGAAGCCUGUCAGAACUGCAUCUGGGGUUGCCGUAGUUGCUGUAAUGUGUAAGCCCCAUAGAUGCCCGCAUAUAGCACUGACUGGAAACAUAUGUGUGUACUGCCCUGGGGGCCCGGAUUCCGAUUUUGAGUAUUCUACUCAAUCGUAUACAGGAUAUGAGCCAACAAGUAUGAGAGCUAUAAGAAGCAGGUAUGAUCCAUUUGAUCAGGCAAGGGAGAGGCUGAAGCAGCUUAAGGGGCUUGGGCACAGUAUAGACAAGGUUGAGUAUAUAAUAAUGGGAGGAACAUUCAUGUCUCUGCCUGAGUCGUAUAGAGACAGCUUUAUCUCGAAGCUGCAUGAUGCUCUCAGCGGCCAUACAUCCUCAAGUGUUGAAGAGGCAAUAAGGGUUGGGGCAGAGGGACGGUUGAAAUGUGUUGGAAUAACAAUAGAGACAAGGCCUGACUUUUGUAUUCGUCCACAUCUAAGCAAAAUGUUAGAAUACGGAUGCACAAGGAUUGAGAUAGGAGUCCAAAGUGUAUAUGAGGAUGUGGCGAUGGACACCAACCGAGGGCACACUGUGGGUAGUGUAUGUGAGUCUUUUGGACUGUCAAAAGAUGCUGGAUUCAAGAUAGUUGCACACAUGAUGCCUAACCUUCCAAAUGUCCCUAUGAAGAGAGAUCUCGCACAAUUCCGAGAAUAUUUCGACAAUCCUGACUUCAGGAGCGAUGGAUUAAAGAUAUAUCCUACUCUUGUGAUCAAGGGUACAGGAUUGUUUGAGUUAUGGAAAAAUAACAAAUACAAGAACUACUCACCUGAUGAGCUGGUUGACAUACUUGCAAGGAUUCUUUCAUUUGUACCGCCAUGGAUGAGGGUAUACAGGGUGCAAAGAGACAUUCCCAUGACACUUGUGAGUUCUGGGGUGGAGCACGGUAAUAUAAGAGAGCUCGCACUGGCCAGAAUGAGAGACUAUAAGACAAGGUGUAGGGAUAUAAGAACUAGAGAGGUUGGGAUCAAGAAUAUCCAUGAGAGUAUUUUACCUGAAGAAAUUGAACUGGUGAGAAGGGAUUAUGUAGCAAACAAAGGCUGGGAGACAUUUCUUAGCUAUGAAGAUGUGAAGCAAGACAUUCUUAUAGGGCUCCUAAGGCUACGCAAGUGCAGUGUGGAUACAUUUCGAAAGGAGUUAAAGGAUGUAGAUUUAUUAUCUGGAAGAGAAGAAGCUAAGCUCCAAGAAAGUAAGUAUCAUCCUGGGGUGGUCAACGGGAAUGCAUCCAUAAUAAGGGAACUCCAUGUGUAUGGAAGUGCUGUUGGUAUAAAUAAGAGUGAUGGGAAGAAGUAUCAACAUCAAGGAUAUGGAACACUUUUGAUAGCCGAGGCUGAAAGAAUUGCAAGGGAGGAGCAUAAAUCAAAGAAAAUAGCAAUUAUUUCUGGUGUUGGGACUAGAAACUAUUAUGCUAGGUUUGGAUAUGUACUGGAGGGCCCAUACAUGGUCAAGGACCUUACAAGCUAA